AUGAAGAUCUUCUACAUUGGAGUCCUUCGAAACGAAUCAGCCCCUGCCAUUGAACUCGCCGUUGAGCGAGACCUGUCCUCGUUCUCCCGCUUCACCCGAGACAGCUAUGGCGAAUUCAUGACCGUGUUCGCCAAAACCGUGGCGGAACGCACUAAGCCGGGCGUGAGGACAGACAUUGAGGAGAAGUCCUACACAUUCCACGCCUACAGCACCAGCCUGGGGCUCUGUGGCAUCAUCAUAUCCGAUGGCGAAUACCCGGCGUUGGUCGCGCAUCAACUCCUCUCCAAGAUCAUCGACGAAUAUUCCGCGCAGAACCCGCGAUCCUCGUACUCGACCAACCCACCGAACACGAGACCGUUCCCGCAACUGAAAGAGUACAUCGUCAAAUACCAGGAUCCGGGCCAGGCGGAUAGCAUCAUGAAGGUGCAGAGGGAGUUGGACGAGACCAAGAUUGUGCUGCACAAGACAAUCCAAAGUGUUCUGGAGCGAGGGGAGAAGAUUGACUCCCUCGUGGCGAAGAGUGACGGCCUGAGUGCGCAGAGUAGGAUAUUCUACCAACAGGCCAAGAAGCAGAACAGUUGUUGUGUGGUUAUGUGA